GCUGAGAGAGAAGUGACUGGCCCAGAGUCACCCAGCUAGUUUCAUGGCUGAAUGGGGAUUUGAACUCGAGUCUCCCCGGUCCUAGUCCAGCACUCUAACCACUACACCACACUGGCUCUGUUAUGCCCACUAUAUCUAUUUUUUCAUUAGCAACCAAGCACUCCAGCUCACCCAUCUUGGCUCAGAGGUUUCUGGCACUGGCAUAUAAGCACCUAUACGCUGAAUCUCUUACCUGGUGUAUGCUAUCUUUCUUUUGCUCUUUGGUUUCUUUGACUAGCUAGCACAGCCUCCUGACUGCUCUUCCUGUGGUUCUGCUCUGUCCCCUUCUGUUUUAUCUGAAUCUUACCCCCUCGCACCUUAAAGCUUCCAAGGAGGGCAUAGGAUGGUGAGUGAGGGUCCACCAGGACCCUAGGUUGGCAUCCCCUUGGGCCAGCAUAUCCAAAGCCUCAAGCAGCGUGAUAGACACCUGGGAUCACGAAGGACCCUUCUCCCCCACCUUGGCUUGAUAUUGCUCAGAGUGCUGACCCUUGAAUAUGGGUUUCAGGGUGGUUUUGAGCAAGACUGCUGAGGGUCCUGAGCUGGCAUUGCCCGAAUAGCCCUGACCAAAGUGACAGGCAUAGAAAUGGAUGCCUGCAGCCGGAGGCCCUCCUGAACCAAAAGGGUCCCCAAAAGCCAGGUCUGCCCCACCUGCAAGGGUGCUGAAAGCCAAAGAGGAUGAAUUAGGCACCUGGAUUGGAAGCCCUAAAUUCCCAGGUUGGCGUGAGCCAAGAUGCCCCCGAACUGCAGAUAUAGAGGUAGCUGUCUUGGUGGAUAUUUUUGAAGGAACCCAAGCAAUGGUCAUGGAGAUGGAUACCAGGGUCCGGGGUUGUGAGAGCUAAAGUUAAUGUCUCAGAAUGACAGCUGCCAACCACUGGUGUCUAGGUAGCUGCCAAAAUAAAGAAUGGAAAUUGCCGACCUCCUUGCUAAAAAAGUUCCUCAUCAAAGACUCCUGAUGAGAAAGUCAUGGCAGUCAUGGGAUAAGGGGACAAGUACAUGUGUGGAUUGCUAACUGGUUGAAGGACAGGAAACAGAGGGUAGGUAUCAAUGGAGCGUUUUCACAAUGGAGGGAAGUAAGAAGUGGGGUCCCCCAGGGAGCUCUACUGGGACCGGUGCUUUUUAAUGUGUUCAUAAAUGAUCUAGAAGUAGAAGUAAGCAGUGAGGUGGCCAAAUUUAUUUAUUUAUUUGUUAUUUAACAUAUUUUUAUACCGCCCAAAACCUACGUCUCUGGGCGGUUUACAACAAAAUAAAAACAGAAAGUAAAACAUUAGUUAAAACAAAAACAAAAAGUUAAAAAAUUACAACAAUUUAAAAAUUUUAAAACAAUAUUUUAAAACAGCCUUAAAACCAUCAAAACAAUAUUAAUGAAAAGCCUGGGUGAACAGAUAUGUCUAAAAAGAAGGCUUUUAAAAAGCUGUCAGAGAUGAGGAGGCUCUUAUUUCACUAGGGAACACAUUCCAAAGCCUCAGGGCAGCAACAGAGAAGGUCCGUCCCUGAGUGGCCACAAGACAAGCCGGUGACAAAUGCAGACGGACCUCUCCAGAUGAUCUCAGUGGGCUGUGGGGUUCAUGACGAAGAAGACCUUCUUUUAAAUACCCAAGGUCCAAGCUGUUUAGGGCUUUAUAGGUUAUAACCAACACCUUGUAUUUUGUCUAGAAAUAUAUCGGCAGCCAGUGUAGCUCCUUCAGUAACUCAGGUAGUGAAAUCCAAAACGGAUUGUGAGCAGCUCCAAAAGGAUCUCUCCAAACUGGCCCAUUUCCCAUCCCACCCCUUGAUCCCAGGACCAGCCCCACAAUGGCCCACCAUCCCUUCCUUGUCCCUCUCUUCUCCCUCCUUUUCCUCUUCUCCAUGGCCUCUUCGGAGUCUCGCUACCAGCUAGGGGAUCCGGUGAUGCUUUAUGUCAACAAAGUAGGACCGUACCACAAUCCGCAGGAGACCUACCAUUACUACCAGCUCCCCGUGUGCUCCCCGCCGAAGAUCCGCCACAAAAGUCUUACUUUGGGGGAGGUGCUCGAUGGAGACCGCAUGGCCGAGUCCCUGUACGAGAUCAAAUUCCGCGAGAACGUCGACAAGAAGCUGCUCUGCGAAAUGAAGCUCACGCCUGAGCAGGUGGAGCAGCUCCGCCAGGCCAUUGAGGAGCUGUACUACUUUGAAUUUGUGGUGGACGACUUGCCCCUCCGCGGUUUUGUGGGGUACAUGGAGGAGAGCGGCUUCCUGCCCCACAGCCACAAGAUCGGGCUCUGGACCCACUUGGACUUCCACCUGGAGUGGAACGGAGACCGUAUCAUCUACGCUAACGUCAGCGUGCGCGAUGUCAAGCCCACCAGCCUGGACGACGUCCGGAACCCUGGCACGCUCUCCAUCACCCACACCUACAGCGUCCGCUGGUCCGAGACCACCUCGGAGCGACGAGGGGAACGCCGAGGCAGCCGCAAUGGGGAUGAUGGCUUCUUCCCUCGCACCUUAGAGAUCCACUGGCUGUCCAUCAUCAACUCCAUGGUGCUGGUGUUCCUCCUGGUGGGCUUUGUGGUCGUCAUCCUCAUGCGGGUCCUGAAGAACGACUUGGCCCGCUACAACCUGGACGAGGAGGCCUCCUCUUCAUCCUCGGGUGAUGACUUUGACCAAGGGGACAACGGGUGGAAGAUCAUCCACACAGAUGUCUUCCGCUUCCCGCCUUGUCGGAGUCUCCUCUGUGCGGUGCUGGGCGUGGGCAGCCAGUUCCUGGCCUUGGGCACGGGCAUCAUCGUCAUGGCUCUGCUGGGGAUGUUCAACGUCCAUCGGCAUGGCGCCAUCAACUCGGCUGCCAUCCUCCUCUACGCCCUCACCUGCUGCAUCUCUGGUUACGUUUCCAGCAACUUCUAUCGCCAGAUCGGGGGCGAGCGCUGGGUCUGGAACAUACUGCUCACCACCAGUCUCUUCUCUGCCCCCUUCUUCCUCACGUGGAGCGUGGUCAACUCAGUGCACUGGGCCAAUGGGUCCACGCAGGCACUGCCAGCCACCACCAUCCUGCUGCUGCUGACGGUCUGGCUGCUAGUGGGCUUCCCUCUCACCGUCAUUGGAGGUAUCUUUGGCAAGAACCGGGCCGGUCCCUUCGAUGCGCCCUGCCGCACCAAGAACAUUGCCCGUGAGAUCCCUCCCCAGCCCUGGUACAAGUCCACACUGGUGCACAUGACCAUUGGCGGCUUCCUGCCCUUCAGUGCCAUCUCUGUAGAACUGUACUACAUUUUUGCCACCGUGUGGGGCCGGGAGCAGUACACGCUCUACGGGAUCCUCUUCUUCGUCUUUGCCAUCCUCCUCAGCGUCGGGGCCUGCAUCUCCAUCGCCCUCACCUACUUCCAGCUCUCAGGCGAAGACUACCGCUGGUGGUGGCGCUCCGUGUUGAGUGCCGGGUCCACCGGCGUCUUCAUCUUCCUCUACUCUGUCUUCUACUACUCACGCCGUUCCAACAUGUCAGGGGUGGUGCAGACGGUAGAGUUCUUUGGCUAUUCCCUCCUCACGGGUUAUGUCUUCUUCCUCAUGCUGGGGACCAUCUCCUUUUUUGCCUCUCUCAAGUUCAUCUGCUACAUCUACGUCAACCUCAAGAUGGACUAAGCGACCCCAAUCUCUCCUCUCAUUGGCUGGGUUGGCAAUGAAGCUCUGCUUUCCCAUGGGCUGGAAUGGGUGUCGCUCAAAGUGGUACCUUUUGUUACAGAGCUCCUCGCCUGUUGGCUGGCCUUGGCAUAGCGCAAGAAGCUCUCUUCUCAUUGGCUGGGAUCUCACUGAGGUCUCUGGAAUGUUGGCUAUUUAUGAUCUACCCUUCCAUUGGCUGGAAUUGUUUGUCUGAGAACUUCCCUGCUCAGCAGGGUAGCACUGACUUGAUGGUUAGGAAGUGUGUCUGGGGUGAGGAGACAGCAGUCUUCUCCUCUCCCCGUGGUCCGGACAGCUAGCCAAUCUGUGAGCCCUAUAAAUCUGGCCAAUUAGUAAACACUGCUACAGAUUUCUUCUCUUUUUUAAAAUGUUGGUCAAGACAACAGUUGUGUACUGGGUGGGUGUAGUUGUUUGUUACCCCCCCUUUCACUGGUUGAAUCAUGGCCAAUUGGAAGAUGUUAUUGUACAGUAGUUUUCUCUGUGGAUUGGGAUAUCUGGUCAGUUGGCAAAAGCGGGGCUCUGUUAGUCAGGCAUCCAUCUCCAAGAAAAAUCUUUGCCGAAUUCCUCUUAACUCCCAUUACUGAUUUAUCAGAAACUCUGAAGAUUUUCCCACCUUAGCUCACUUCCUUUAGAAUUCUUAGGCAAUUGGGUGACAGACCCCCUUCAGCAGCUACUUAAACAAAGGGCCGGCCGGGCUGGCCACCCAGAUGGAAACAGACCUGACCGCCAGCAUCGCUCUGUCCCUUGGGAUUUCCCUUUACAGAAUUCUGGAUUUGGAAGAGAACCGGCCAGCUGGGGCUAUGACCCCUAAGAUUCCCUUGACCAGAUCAAGACAGGUUGAAAUUUCUCCCUGCACUGUUGGAGGGGGGUGGGGGGAAGCAUCUACUUAAGAUGUUCUUUAUUGGUCCAAGAUGGAUCUUUCCCUACAGCUAUCAGGAUUCCCCUUAUUUGCAUGUAGGAGGGGAAAAUGGAAAGUGAUAGGCUACUUUUUAAAAGAGGCUGGAUCUCGUGUAUAUAUCUGUGAAGUGGGUUCAAGCAGCUGGCCAUUAUCACUUGAUAUAUGGGGCAGUCCCGUCUCCACCCCACUGAUCAGAGGGGUCCCUCCCUAUAUUGCCAAUCUGUUUUUCUUCUCUGUUUCUCUCUUCACAUCCUUUGUACUCCUAAGGUGCCUGGCGCUGUUAUAGGGUGGGUGGGAGAGAAGCUGUCUCUUUCCCUCCCACUUGAAUGAAGAAAAUGCCUAUAGUUAUAUAUUACAAAUAUAUAUAUAUAUGAGGAGUUAUGUAUAUUAGCAAAGAUUGGAGUUGGUUUGUUUUUUAAUUUGAUUCUUUUGUUGUUCAGACAGUUUCUUUUUACAGAUCUUGAAAUUAAACUUUAUUAAUAAAAAGGAAAGCAAAAAUCUG